AUCCCUCUUCACAAUGGAGCCUGCACCUCACCCAAUCAGUCUCAGGAAGAAGACCCACUCAAGGUUGGAGAAGUUGAUUGCAUCAAAGAUGCAAAGAUUGCUUAAUAGAGUAUGAAAUGAUAGUUACUAUAAUUCCUAUUCAGAAGAAAUAUUGGUUAAUCCAAAAGAAUCAAACCUUUACUGCUAUGGAGAUGACAAAAUACUUAAAUUAAGUUUUCACAACACCGGAACUUGAGAUUUUAUGAAGAAAUUGAACCCCAUUCCGUUAUAUGAUGUUGAUGGAAUCCAUUUUCACAAUUUCCAUACAAAGAAUAGGAAGAUUUUAGACUUCUUUCUACAUUCAUUCCCAAGAGAAGUAAAUUUCAUGACUAUAUCAGCAAAUAUUUUUCAGCAUAUUAAUAUCUCUUAUUAUUUUGACUCCUUUUGUACAAUUAGCUCCAGUGUCAGAAAUAAGGUAUCCUUAUGGAGAUUUAAGUUCACUGAAAAUCAAUUGAAGAAGUUCCUGGUCUCCUAUAAGCACGUAAAAGUAGUUUCAUUAAGCUGAUGCUAUAUAUCUAUUCCUCAUGUUAUAAACUUUUCAAGAGCUCUUAAGAAUACCCAGAUUAAGAGAUUAGAUUUCGUGAUGUCAAAAUUUUCCAGAUCAAAUGACCUAAGCAAGAUGCAUGGUGAGUUCAAGAAUUUAAUGGAAAGUCUCGCAACUUCUCCAGAUCUAAAGUUGAGUCUUCAGGGAUUGAGCAUAGCAAGAGCAAAUGUUGAGAAAGAUAAAGCUCUAAAUAUAAUUAGAGAAGCAGGAUUCAGCCAAAUAAAAUUGUGAGGGUUUAUUUAAAAUUUUAC